UCUCGGAGGUUUGUGUUCCAAUUGCAUUCGGUUGUUGAUCGAUAAAUCUCAUUCGACUUCUCAGUUGUUUUAAUCGAUUGCUAGAGAGAUAGAUAGCGAUGUCGCAGCUGGUUGGCAAGGCGAAGAACUUCGUAGCGGACAAAGUGGCUCAUAUGGAGAAGCCCGAGGCAGAUCUCACUUGGGUGUCGGUGAAGGACGUGAGCCGAUCCUCGGUUCUGCUGGAGAGCGAUGUCCUCAUCACCAAUCCUUACGACCACGAUCUUCCAGUCUGCGAGAUCUCCUACGCCUUGUUCAGCAACAACAGGGAGAUUGUCAGCGGCAAAAUCCCCGACCCCGGAUCCGUCAAGGCCAAUGACAAGACCGCGAUGAAGAUCCCGGCUAAAGUUCCAUACAAUGUGCUCUUCACCAUCGUCAAGGACGUGGGAACCGACUGGGACCUCGACUAUGAGAUGAGAGUGGGAUUGACCGUCGACAUUCCCAUCCUCGGCAACUUUACAAUACCACUCUCCAAGAAGGGAUCCUUCAAGCUCCCCCUCCUCCCCUUCUAAGCUCCAAGCUCUCUAGCUGGAAUAUUCAAGGAUAAAAGGCUAUUUCUAUAUGACACGAGAAUAUACCUUGUCUAAGGGUAUCUCAGUUCUCUCUUGUGUUCUCCAUGGAUCUUGGGCGAUGCCUCGCCUUUGCGAUCUUCUUCUCGAGCUUGGCGGCUGCGCGAUCGAUUCCAGAGAAAGUGGGUGUAGCAGCAAUGAGCAGUGAUCCUCCCACGGCAUACGAGGAGCUGGAAUCGUUUGGAUUCCCCCCGGGAUUGCUGCCACACACUGUAGUGAACUACACUCUCAAUUCCAAUGGCCGAUUCAGCCUGGCGCUCAACAGGACGUGCUCAGCGAUGCUCCAGGGCACCUAUCUCGUCACCUACAACUCCCAGAUCUCCGGGACCGUGAGCCCACGCUACAUCAAAUCGCUGCGCGGGGUGAGCGUCCGCGCCUUCUUCAUCGACUGGAGCAUCUCGGGCAUCCGCGUGAACCACCAAGAUCUUGUUUUCGAGGUGGGUUUCGCCAGCGCCAAGUUCCCCAUCUCCAAUUUCGAUGAGGCGCCGGAAUGCGAGAAAGAAUCGAUCGAAGUUCCGCCAUCGUCGUCGUCCUCCUCGCGAGCCAGCGCUUAGAAAGAUUUGCCCUAAUUUCUUCGUUCGUCCCAGGGUUCGAAUCCCUGCCCUGUCACAGAUAUAAGAUCAAAGCAUUUUUCUA